CCCUGGCGUGACAGUUCGCGCUUUGACCUUAUUGGCCGCCCCCAUGACGCGGCAGCUUCACGGUCCUGCAGUCCCGCCCCAGUUCCAAACCGAAGCAGCCGCGCCGGCGUCACGCCGCUCUCAUCGCGGCGUACGGCCACGCCCCUACUCCCCAUGCCCCUUCCUCAACACCUCGCCGCCGGCGAACUCCUCGACGCCCUCCGCGGUGCCGCAUGCCCCUCCUCGGCCCUCCACUUGUACUCCCUCCUUCGCAUUCGCCUCCGCCCCACAGAUCCCUCCUCCUUCGCCUGGCGCGCCGCCCUCUUGGCGCUGAAGCCCCUCUCCGCCGCCUCCUGCCUCCCUCUUCUCUCCCACUUCCAUGCCCACCUCCUCAGGUCCAACCUCCUUGCCUACCCUCACGUCGCUUCCUCCCUACUACAUUCCUAUUCACUGCUCUCCCCUUCCGUCGCCCACCACAUGUUCGAUCAAAUACCCCCUGCCACCUGCAACCUUGUCGUCGUUAACGUCAUGCUCGCGUCCGUCUGCCGUUCCUCCGACCUCGCCUCCGCGCGUCUAUUCUUUGAUGGCAUCCCUGACAAGGACGUCGUCUCUUGGUCGACUAUGCUCGGUUGUUAUUUCUCCCACGGUCGCCUCGCUGAUGGCCUUGCCUUCUUCCGAGCAAUGACAUUCACCACCCAACUUGCUGCAGAUUAUGUAUCGCUCGUCACUGUCCUUACGGGCUGUGCGUCGGCUGGCUUGCUGCCACCGUUCUGCAGGUCCGUUCAUGGGUAUGCUGUCCGGCGCUGCGUCCCGGCCAAUAGGCACCUCGGGACGUCGCUCAUUGAUUGCUAUGGAAAGGCUGGCCGUCUUGAUUAUGCUUCCCGUGUGUUUGCACGGGUGCCUUCCAGGAGUGUAAUGCACUGGACUGCCAUGAUUUGUGGGAUGGCUAUGCAUCUGCGAAGUGAUGAGGCUAUCCGGCUGUUUGAGAAGAUGCGUUGGCAAGGGGUGCAACCAAACAAGAUGACAUUUACAGCUGUGCUCAGUGCAUGUGGGCAUGCUGGUCUGGUGGAUCAAGGGAGGAAGUUCUUUAAACUUAUGUUUGAGAAAUAUGACCUUGAGCCAACUAUACACCACUACGGAUGCAUGGUUGAUAUAUUUGCAAAGGCAGGGCAGUUGGAGGAUGCCUAUGAUGUUAUCAAGACCAUGAGAGUGGAGCCAAACAUUAUCAUCUGGACUUCGUUGUUGGCGGCAUGCAAGAGGUUUAAGAAUUUUGACAUUGCAGUGGAGGGACUGGAGAAAGUCUUGGCAAUGGAGAUAUCUGAUGAAAAUGGUGGAGUAUAUACGCUUAUAUCUGACCUGUAUGCCAUGGGUGGGCGGUGGGAUGAUGUGAUGAAGGUUAGGAGAUUGAUGGAGGAACAUAAUGUGCGGAAGAAAAGAGGGUCGAGCUCCAUUAAGGCAGGCGAACCCCGGGGCUUGACUGUUUCUAAAGUCAGUUGAUCUUCCACAUGGUUUAACAUCUUGAAAGGUUUGGGCUCGAAUGUAGAAUGGUAGUCUAUUUUAAUUAGACUUACUACAGAUGUAUACAGCAGAUAGCUCCACAUGUUGCUUGAUGAAAUCCAGUCGAAGACUUGGGGGAAUAUGCGGAAUGAAUCUUCCGCUCUGAUCUCCUGCAAUGUUGUCUUGACAUAUUGUGAUCACUAUUUGGAUAUAGUUUAGUUGGGAUUAUGAACUGUGAUAUUAGAAGAACGAUUUGGUUGGUACAGGUGAGUCACACGCAUAUGAAUAUUUAAUCAAGAAGUGUUAUGAGUAAGCCGAAUUCAUCACUGAAUAUCAUUGGCUUUCGGAUGGUUUCCAGUCAUAAUCAUGUGAUCCUGAACUGUGUUUCAACCUCUCCAUUGUUCCCAUAUGGUUGUAGAUAGCAGAUAAAGAUGUCUUUGAGCAAUUGCUGCGUAUGGUUUCACGAACUCCUUGCCAUUUUGGCCUUUCAGAGAACUGAAUGCAGACUUACAAUGGGGUUUCAGUUCAGCAGUCAACAAUGCCUUUUACCGCUAUACUAUUUAUACAGGCGGUUUUGUUGCUAACAUUGUGCAUUUCCUCAAAUAAAUUCUCUAACCUUGUCUCCUGAACUUUGUUGAUGAUCUGUCCUUUUGUUGAACUGUACUGGCGUUAGAUUUCAAGAA